GACAGAGUCCAUUCCUUUUGGGCUUAACUAGCUAACAGUUAAACCUCGUAUUGUUGUCCUCCUGCCUUUCCCGCUCUGCCCUAAACUCCUCCCAACUGACUCCAGCCACCGCCGCCUCCUCUGAAAGGCUAGGGGGAACCAGAAAACCACCAAUCGAAAAUGUCUGCGAAGUGGCGGGCACUGCAGCACCGCCACCGGUACACAUACAGCUCGGUCAUAUUCCCAUCGUCGUUUACGGACUCUUUGUCUCAAUCCCUCUUGUCCCUAAACCCAAAGUCUUUACCUUUAUUCAAUGAACUCAAUCACCUCAUCUCGUUAACUUCAAUCUAUUCCCAAGUUGCCCAUGCCAAAAACCUUGCUUCAUCUUUUACCCAGUUGUUGUCGUCGUCCAUAGAUGGAGAUGAUGCAGAGCUUUUAAAAACUGGAUCGCGCUUUUAUUUGCAUUUGUUGUUCCUUGAGAAUUCUCUUCCUUUACAUAGAACUUUAGUUUCUGCUUUAUCGAAGGUUAACAGCAGAGAAUACCAGUAUCUGAUUGGUAAGUGUUUUAGGGAGCUUUGUGAAGAUUAUGGUAGUAGACAAGAGAAAGGGAACAAGAGUAAGAGGUUCUGUUUAUCUCGGGUGGCUUUAUCUGUUCUGGGAAUGCCUAAGUUGGGGUAUUUGGUAGAUAUCAUUGAAGAUUGUGCGAUUUUUGUCGCUUGGGAUGUCGUUUUGGGGUUGGAUAGUGUAGUUUUAGAGACUCAGGAAUGGGCUAGGCCGUCUCCCAUUGUUAUGGAGCAAUGUCAGGAGGCUUUGUCUUGUUCAUAUUACUUGCUUCAGCGGUUUCCGGAGAAGUUUAAGGAGGAUUUGAAUGGUUUUGAUGGUGAAGAGUUGAAUAUUAUGGAAAGGAUUUUGGGUGUUUUGAUAAGCGUGUUGAAAUCAAUUGCCUUUUCGAGAGAUUGUUUUGUGGCAGCUGGGGUAAGCUUGUGUGCAGCUUUACAGGUGUGUCUUAGCCCGCAGGAGCUUGCGUUGGUUAUCAUUGAAGGUAUAUUUAAUCAAAGUAAUUGUAGUUUUCCUAAAAAAAAUUGUGAUUGUGAGUUUCGAGAUGCUAUUUUGAAGAUUCCAUUUAAAGGGGACUUGCAAUCUGAAAUAAAUAGUUUUUCUGUUUUGAGUAGACUCUGCAUGAUUAGAGGGAUUCUUACUGCUGUUUCAAGGACAGUAUUAAAUUCCCAUUUUAUCGUGUCAAAUAAUAAUUUAGAUGGCCAUGAGGGAAAUGGAAUUAUCAUAAGCUCUGUUAAGACCAUUUUGUAUGAUGGGAUUUUGCCUGAGCUAUGUAACUAUUGUGAGAAUCCUGUUGACAGCCAUUUUAAUUUUCAUGCCUUGACGGUGAUGCAAAUUUGUUUGCAACAGAUGAAGACCUCAGUAUCAGCUAAAAUAACUGAUAUGUCAGAUAAUUAUAAUCCUAUACCAGAGGAAAUGGGGACCCGUAUACUGAAGAUCAUAUGGAAUAACUUAGAAGAUCCUUUAAGUCAAACUGUGAAACAAGUUCAUCUUGUUUUUGAUCUUUUCUUAGACAUUCAGUCAACUAUUUGCAUGGAAGAGGGUAGUCACAGAACGAAGUCAUUUCUUAAAAGGAUUGCUUCAGAUCUUCUCCGACUAGGCCCACGCUGUAAGGGGAGAUACGUACCUUUAGCUAUAGUGACUAAGAGGUUGGGACCUAAAACUAUGCUGGAAAUGAGUCCUGACCUGCUGUUUGAAACUGCACAAGCCUACAUUGAUGAUGAUGUAUGUUGUGCUGCCACAACAUUCUUGAAAUGUUUCCUUGAGUCCUUGCGUGAUGAGUGUUGGAACAACAAUGGUGUUGAGAAAGGGUAUGCAGUUUAUAGAGGGCAUUGCUUGCCUCCUUUUCUGUAUGGACUUGCAUCUGGAGUUUCAAAGCUUCGCUCAAAUCUGAAUACUUAUGCUUUGCCAGUUCUACUAGAACUUGAUGUUGAUAGCAUAUUUCCUAUGCUUGCUUUUAUCUCAAUUGGGCCUAGUGGAGAGGAGAUUGAACUGCCAUCACCUGAGCUGGGCUUCGCAAACAUAGAAUUGGGAGUUGAACAAAAAGUAGCUGUUUUAGUCUCUUUGCUUAAGGUAUGUAGGUCACUUGCUUUUAUUGAGGGGGAUAUUGACUUAUGUGACACUUCAACUUCAACAGCACUUGAGGCACAGGAAGGCCUAGAAACAGAGAUUAUGAAUGGACAUGCUCUUGUCUGCGUAAAAGGAAUAAAGGUUAAGCUCCUCGUUCAGUGGCUAGUAUUAGCAUUGACCCAUUCUGAUGAGUUGCUCCGUGUAGAUGCUGCAGAGUCCCUCUUCUUAAACCCCAAGACAGCUAGUCUUCCUUCCCAUUUAGAGCUGACUCUUCUGAAAAAGGCUGUGCCAUUAAACAUGAGAAGUUGCUCUACUGGCUUCCAGAUGAAGUGGACCAGCUUGUUUAGAAAGUUCUUUUCUCGAGUUCGAACAGCCUUGGAGAGACAACUUAAGCAAGGGAGCUGGCAACCUCUCGUGAAUUACCGCAAUAAGCAGUCACACUCCUCCAAGGAAACCAAAGAAGCUGUAUUUGAAAGAGCACGGGAUCUUUUUAAUUUUAUGAGAUGGCUGUCUUGUUUUCUAUUUUUUUCAUGCUAUCCCUCUGCCCCUUAUAAAAGAAAAAUUAUGGCUAUGGAGCUCAUAUUGAUAAUGCUUAAUGUUUGGCCUAUUGUAACAUCUUUGCAAGAUAAUUUUGGUUCCACUGCUUCUGAAAGCUGUCUCUGUCCUUACAGCAGAGGAAUUACUUCACCUGAUUCAACUUUGUUAUUAGUUGGAUCUAUUAUUGAUAGUUGGGAUAGGCUGAGAGAAAGUUCUUUUCACAUAUUGCUAUAUUUUCCUACCCCUCUUCCAGGAAUUUCAAGUGAAGACAUGGUUCAGAGAGUGGUUAUAUGGGCUAAGAACCUAGUUUGCAGUCCACGUGUGCGUGAAAGUGAUGCUGGAGCACUUACUUUAAGGCUUAUAUUCAAAAAGUAUGCCUUGGAGCUCGGGUGGAUUGUCAGAGUUGCUGAUAAUGUUGUUUGUUUUCAACAUCAACCUGAACUAGUUAAUGGUGACAAUCAAAUUUUUGAGUCUAGGCCUCCUUCAAUUGAGUAUAUAAAAUCACUAAUUGAUUGGCUGAAUAGCGUUGUGGAAGAAGGAGAGAGAGAUCUUUCUGAAGCUUGCAAAAGUAGCUUUGUUCAUGGGGUGUUACUUGCCCUACGAUAUACUUUUGAUGAAUUGGAUUGGAAUUCUGAUGCUGUCAUGUCUAGCAUUCCAGAGAUGAGACAAGCAUUGAAGAAUCUUCUGGGAUUGGUCAUGCGAAUUACUUCGCUAGCACUUUGGGUGGUUUCUGCAGAUGCUUGGUAUCUUCCUGACUUGGAUGAAAUGGCUGAUACUGAUAUGUGCUUGAUGGAUGAAGCGGAUGUGGUAAGAUCAUCAGAACAUGGGGACAGUGAUUUAAAACAUGAGCAGGAGAGCAGACCAUCAGAACAGAUUGUCAUGGUUGGUUGUUGGCUGGCUAUGAAAGAGGUUAGUCUUCUGCUAGGAACGAUUAUAAGGAAAAUUCCUUUACCGAGCAGUAGUAAUUCAGAUUCACCAGAGCCCCCUGUUCCUGAUGUUUCUGAUACUUGCACACUGCCAAUAGACAAUCCAAUACUUGAUUUGAAACAACUUGAAGAAAUUGGGAGCCACUUCUUAGAAGUCCUUUUGAAGAUGAAGCAUAAUGGAGCAAUUGAUAAGACAAGGGCUGGAUUCACAGCUCUUUGCAACCGUUUACUUUGCUCCAAUGACCCAAGACUUUGUAAGUUGACAGACUCUUGGAUUGAGCAACUUAUGGAAAGAACUGUGGCCAAGGGACAAACUGUAGAUGAUCUUUUGAGGAGAAGUGCAGGUAUUCCUGCAGCAUUUAUUGCUCUUUUCCUCUCAGAACCUGAAGGGACACCAAAGAAACUUCUUCCACGGGCUUUGAGGUGGCUAAUAGAUGUUGCUAGCAGCUCAUUGCUGGGUCCUGUUUAUGUCAAGAGCAUAAAUGCUGACUCAAACAAGUUCUCAUUAACAAAGUCAGACCAAGAACUUGAUUCUGCUAAGCCAUUUGAGAUGAAUGUGAUGGGUAACAGCUCAAAGAUCCGAGAUGAGGGUGUAGUUCCAACUGUACAUGCAUUUAAUGUCCUUAGAGCUGCUUUCAAUGACACUAACCUGGCCACUGAUACAUCUGGUUUUGCUGCGGAAGCCUUGAUUGUUUCAAUUCGUUCUUUCUCCUCUCCAUACUGGGAGGUCCGAAAUAGUGCAUGUCUGGCAUACACUGCCUUGGUACGACGCAUGAUAGGAUUCCUAAAUGUUCAAAAACGAGAAUCUGCACGACGUGUAUUAACUGGGCUUGAAUUUUUUAACAGGUAUCCCCCAUUGCAUCCUUUUUUCUACAAUGAAUUGAAAGUUGCAACUGAUUUGCUUAUGGAUGCAACUUCUGGGCAUUCAGAAUCCAACCUAGAAAAGGUUGUCCAUCCAAGCUUGUGCCCUUUGUUGAUCCUUUUAUCCAGGCUCAAGCCUUCGACAAUUGCAAGUGAGAGUGGAGAUGAUCUGGAUCCAUUCCUCUUUAUGCCAUUCAUCAGGAGAUGCUCAACUCAGAGCAACCUGCGAGUCCGUGUUCUUGCAUCUAAAGCUUUAAUGGGUCUGGUAUCCAAUGAGAAGCUUCCAAUUAUCCUGCUGAAUGUUGCUUCUGCAUUGCCUUGCCUAGAUAAUCAAAUCACAGGGGGAAUGCGCUGUGAUUCCUUUAAUUCCAUUCAUGGAAUGCUGUUGCAACUGAGUUCUCUUCUGAAUGCAAAUUGUAGAAACCUGCCUGAUAUUGCAAAGAAAGAAAAGAUUCUUGGCGACUUGAUCCAAGUUCUUGCUAGACGUUCAUGGAUUGCAAGCCCGAAAUUGUGUCCUUGCCCCAUUCUUAAUGCCUCUUUUGUGAGAGUGCUUGAUCUCAUGCUCAGUAUAGCAAGAAGAGGCUAUAUGAGUGAAAAUUUUUAUGCCAUUCGUGAUCUGCUGUUGGAGCUAUCUUCAGAAUGUCUAGAUGUAGAAGAUUAUUAUGGACUUCCAUUUUUUGAUCCAACUAUAGCAGAACUUAGAGAACAGGCAGCCAUCUCCUACUUCAGUUGUGUGUUGCAGGUAUCUAAAGAAGAAGCUGAAGAGGUUCUUCAGAUACCACACAUGCGCCCAUUACCUGAUUCAAAGUUGUUGAGCCCACCAGAAAAAUAUGUUUUUACAGGUCUCCAGGAAAGGCUGAUUCGUUCCUUGUCAGAUUCAUCAUAUGAAGUUCGACUUGCAACAUUGAAGUGGCUGCUGAGGUUCCUAAAGUCUACAGAAUCUAGCAGUGAGGUUCAUCAUAUGUCUAGCAGUGAGAUUAGAGUUAUUCAGAGCUGGAAUAAUUCAAAUCUACAGGGAACAUUGUCAAAACUCCUGGAAUCCGAGAAGAACCAUAGGUGUACAUAUUACAUUCUGAGAAUUCUCUUCUUUUGGAACUUGCUACAGUUUAAGAAUCCUAGUGAUGAAAAAUAUGCCAAUAUUAGCUACGUUGGUACAUUGGAUGUUGAUUCGGUGUCCGAGUUUUGGUAUAAGCUGAUUUCUUUGUACAAGCUCACAAGACAUAUGAAGACUCGAGAAACACUCAUCUGCUGCAUGGCUAUAUGUGUGAAGCAGUAUGCAAUUUUGUUAACCAGAUAUGUUGUUGCCUAUAUGAAGAACAAUGCUAGAUUUAAUGACUCAGAACAGUCGGAAAGAUCAGCCCUCUUUUAUGAACGUAUUACCUUCUUUGUUAAUGUGGUUAAAGAACAUAGUUCUGCAUCUGAGCCAGUGAACAUGCGCAAGGCAGCUGCUGAAUCUAUACAUGCAUCGGGUUUGCUGGAACAAGCUGAAUUUAUCAGUUCAUCUGUGUUCUCUCAUCAAAUCCCCUUUGACAUUUCAGGUCUUCGUUUUGAACCUAAAGAAGCUGUUAAUAUGUAUGCCAUUAAGGUGCUGGAAAUAUGGUUUACAUGCAUCAGGUUGCUGGAGGAUGAAGAUGAUGCUGUAAGACAAAGGCUUGCAUCGAAUGUGCAGAGAUGCUGUUCUUCAAAAAGAACUAGAAGCAGCUGUAGUUCUGAAGAGGUCCCAACCCAAGUGGAGAAGGUGCUCGAAUUGAGUUUCGGGCAUCUGUCUUCUAUCUUUGGUCACUGGAUUGUUUACUUUGAUUAUCUUUCGAAGUGGGUACUCGAUGCAGCAAAUUAUGUGGUGUCACAAGGAGACCUGGUGAGGCGUGUCUUUGACAAGGAAAUUGAUAAUCAUCAUGAAGAGAAGUUGUUAAUCUGUCAAAUUUGUUGCUCCCAUUUGGAGAAGCUUCCAGUUUUAAAAUUGUUGUCGGGCGAAACGCCAAUCAAACAAGAGUUCAGGAAUUAUUUAUACAGCUGGAGAAUGAGAUUCUAUAAUCAGCUGAUGUCAUUCGCUGAGGAUCAUGUUGAGAUGCUCAACUGGAUAGGCGGCAUGGGUAACCACAAAGAUGCAUUUCUGCCUCUAUAUGGAAAUUUGCUCGGUUUUUAUUCUCUCUCGAACUGCAUCUUCAAUGGGAAAAUCGAAGAUGGUGCGACUCUACUAGCCGAUGUUGUUGAACUUGGUAAAACCAUCACUCCAUUUCUUACAAAUCCUUUGUUUUCUAACUUGUAUUCAUUAGUUGUAAAAUCACACGAGAAAAUGGCCAGUGACAAUGCUGGCCGGAUAUAUAAAUUCUCAGGCGACUCGAUUUGGGAUGGUUUUGAUCCCUAUUUUCUUCUCAGGUGAGAUAGAAUUUGUGCAAUAGCUGCAUAAUUUGUUUCAGUAACUCAAAAAGGGAUCAAUAACAAAUUUUGAUGUGCUUGAUAAAGCGGAUCGAAGAUUUUCCUCAGAGUAAUUAGCUUUUCUUUUUGAUGAACUGGCACUUUAUGUAUCUGGAAUCUUGAUGCUUGCUUCUUCAUGAUGAAAUCUUUACAUUAACCUUGAUGACCA